GUGAAAAUGAAAGGAAGAAACCAGUUGUAUUUACUCAUUAGUAUGUACAGUACAAAUAAGAGACCAGAAGGUGUUUAUUUAAGAUUGUUCCAGAAUAUUUUAUUUUCUCCUCUGUCAAAUAAAUGGUGUAUUGCUCCUUGCCAAGCAAAGAAGACAGACAUACUGUCAUUUGAAUAUGCAAUACUUUGCAAGCAAUAGGAUCCGAAGCAAAAUGGGAAAUCAGAGACAAGUACUAGCUGAUCACUUGAGAAAGAACUCUAAUUGCAACUAAUUGCAAAUCAGCAAGAAAACAUGGAGAAGCGUGUGUUCUCAAAUCAAAAUUGAAAAAUGAAAUUAUCAGCAUACCGUUUUGCUUGGACUGUUUUUGGAAUACUGACAUAUAUAUUAGACAUUGGUGCAGACAUAUGUGUGGCUUUUCAGUACUUUUCCAGGGGUCACUAUUCCUGGUUUGCACUGACUCUUGUAUUUGUGUUCAUUGCAACAGUAACCAUUCAAAUAUUCAGUCUCUCUUGGUUCAAGGAUGAUCCCCCAGAGCCUUCAGACACUCGCAGGUGCUCCCCAGGGCAGAUUACCGCAGUGCAUUGGUUUCAGAUGGGGAUUUUUAUAAGGUACAAUGACGUACUUCGUAAGAGAUUCAAGGCAGUUUAUCGGUCCAGCCAGGAUAUCCACAGUGAUGUAUUCAGCAUAGUAGCUGACUUGAGUAUGUUAAGACUGUUUGAGACUUUCCUGGAGAGUGCCCCUCAGCUCAUAUUGCAGAUCUCCAUCAUCCUGGAGCACAAGGAAAGGUUUUCUAUUCAGUAUGUCACCAUCCUAACAUCAUUCAUGGCUAUUGCCUGGGCAACUGUUGACUACCAGAGGUGUUUGCGAAGAUCCCUGAAAAUGAAGGAAAUUGUUUUUGGGUUACCCACAGUUGUAUAUCUGCUGUACAAGCUCUUCACAAUAACUUCCCGGAUAUUAAGCAUAGCCCUCCUGACCAUUGUAAAUAUCUACUUCACUUUAGCAUUGGUUGCUGUAGUGUGGUUGUUUGGUACAAUUUGGGCCUUCAGACAACACACAGAUUUCUGUACAUCAAAAUAUUUGGAAGUGUAUUACAGGGCUGUGGUUGGGGUAAUACUAGUUUUUACCUUUUUCAAUAUAAAAGGCCAAAAUACACAUGUUCCAAUGACAGUGUAUUAUACACUGUAUGUCUUGCAGACAGCAGGUGUACUUAUUUUGUUUUGGUGUCAGAAGCUCUCACUUACAGAACCUGUCUUGUUGGCUGUCACCAUAACCACAGCUGUUACAAUUAUACUAGGACUAAUCUGUCUUGUACUAUAUUAUCUCUAUUUACACCCAACAAAAAAUGUUCCAAAUGUAGCCGAUGAAAUUGAUGGAUUAGAAGCUAGACCAAGCAGGGAACAAUUGUCUCGAAUAAGUCGUUUCUUACAGCAAUAAGACUUUUGGACUUUGCUAUCUCUCACACACCAGAUCUGUGAACUAAGCCCACAUGGAAAACCUCUUUCUAAAUCUACUUUGUAUUCACUUUAUACUGCUGACAUUCACCAAGGUACAGCUAAUAACUACAAUUAUUCUGAUUCUCAUGUUGCCUUUUAUUGUGUAUUAAAUACAUCUGUCUUUAUAUUUACAGCAGCUAUAAGGAAUAAAAAUUCUGUUAAUUUAUACUUGACAUUUUAAAAGUAAUAUCUAUAUUGGGAUUAAAUGUUUGUUAUUUACAAAAACGAUCUGUGUUACCUGAGCUGUAUGGUAGAUGCAGAAGUACAACACUUACACACACACACACAAAAAAAAAGAUGCUGUUAUCAGAUUGUACUCAUUUUUGUAUUUUGAUCUACUACAUACAUUGUUUAGCAGUAGGUGGUUAUGAAGUUGCCAGUUUGUGGAAGGAAUACAGUUGCAUCCAUGCUGAGAUUGUCUGUGUAGUGUUUACUUUUUACAAGUAAUACUGUACAUAAUAUCAAAUAACUCCUGUUUGAUUUGUAAAAAAAAACUAUUGUAAUUC